GUUCCCCACUGCCCACCUACGUUCCAAAAAAUGGUGACCAUGCUGCUGGGUUCCCUGUGUCGAGGAGGGCUAAGAAGGCCGGUCGAGGCCGGCUGCAACCGGCGAGCUUUGUUGUUGUUUACCAACACUACACGUGCUCGGUCUACGACUGGGACUAUCCGACUUCCUCUCUUCGCCCCUGUUUUUGAGCCCAGGUUUCAGGAGAAAGUCGCUUUCACCGACCACCAGGGUCACCACUUCACGUUCGCCCAGCUAGGUCGAAAAGCGGCUGGAUUGGCAGCGGAGUUGGAGGCAAAAGGAGUGAAAUGCAGGGGUGGCGACGAGCAGAGGGUGGCCUUCAUGUGCGAGAGAGACCUCAGCUUCCCCACCACGCUCAUCUCUACCUGGAUGACUGGCAGCAUUGCAAUUCCACUUUCAUCCAGCCAUCCGGACACAAUGUUGGAAUACUUUCUGAAAAGUACGGGUUCAAAGUUAGUUUGUUCAGAAAUAUACAAGGAUAAAUUGAACGGCGUGGCGAAAUCCACUGGAACCGAGCUGUUGGUAGUGAAUUUUGAUAAGUUGAAGGACGGAGAUGUCAGUUUUGGAGUGAAAGUGGCAAAGGAGUAUAAUUACGAGGGGAAAGGGGGGCUAAUUCUUUUCACGAGCGGGACAACCGGUCAACCAAAAGGCGUACUUCUAACUCAUUCCAAUCUGCUGGAUCAGGUAACAAACAUUUGUGACGCAUGGGAAAUAACUGAGAAGGACACAAUGCUACAUGUGCUCCCUUUACAUCAUACGCAUGGGUUAAUUCAUGCUUUGAUCAGUCCACUUGCAGUUGGAGCCAGGAGUCAUAUGCUCCAAAAGUUUGAUCCUGCCAAGGCUUGGGCAGAACUUUUAUCGACCGAUAAUGAGCUGAGACCCAACGUGCUAAUGGGAGUACCUACAGUUUACAUCAAACUCAUAGAAGAAUUUGACAAAUCAUUUGCCAAGUCCCCUACCAAAGUUGCAUUCAUUAAGGAAACAUUGAAACAAAAAAUGAGGCUGAUACUCAGUGGUUCUGCUUCCUUACCCGUCCCAGUGCUGGAGAGAUUUGAACAAAUCUCUGGCCAUCGUCUCCUAGAACGGUAUGGAAUGACUGAAAUUGGCAUGGCCCUCACAAACCCUUUACAUGGCGAAAGAAAACCAGGAUUCGUUGGCAAACCCUUUGAAACUGUGAAACUCCGAGUGGUUGACAUGACCUCGCGUGAUAAUUACAAACUGUUGGCGGAAAGCGACUCGCAUGGGACCCGAAUACUCGUGGACAAAGGAGAGAAAGUCAUUGGAGACUUACUGGUGAAGGGGCCUUCUGUAUUUAAAGAGUACUGGGGAAAUCCUGAAGCUACCAAGAAGGAGUUCACUAAUGAUGGAUGGUUUAUAACAGGGGACACUGUCGAGUUCACUGAAGGUGCUUACAAAAUUUUGGGACGAAAAUCUGUGGAUAUUAUCAAAAGUGGUGGAUACAAACUAAGUGCUUUGGAAAUUGAGACUCAACUUUUAAGCUUUCCAGAAAUCAAAGAGGUUGCAGUAAUGGGACUUCCCGACCCGACAUGGGGACAGAGAGUGGUUGCUGUACUUGCUUGGAAUGGAAAAGAACUCAGUUUGGCCGAAUUCAAAGAACUUGCCAAAACGCGAGUUGCUCCAUAUGCAAUUCCUACCCUUUUAAAAUCUCUUCCCGAACUUCCAAGAAAUCAUCUAGGAAAAGUAAACAAGAAGGAACUAGUCAAAAUAUUUGCCACAUAAUUCUGCUACGGCUAAAAUGCAUAUGUUCGGACCGGAUUAAGUAAACAUGUUCAACAACUCGUGACCAAAUAAAUUAAUACAUUCCUAAAAUUACUGGGUAAUGGUGAACAAAUG